UUGUUUUUAAAGUCAUUAGAAAUGAAAUUUGAGUUCAGAUAUUUGAAUUUACAAAACUAAGUCAACUCUUAAGAUUUCUUAAGAUCCGAUGCAGACGAAAAUGACCAAAUGCGACAGCCUUUUCGCAAAGCCUCCGUGUACAUUGCCCUUCUGUUGAUUGUGGAAGCUCUAAUUGGUUUGCUUAUUGUGGUUGUCACUGCAAUUUACCAUACGAUAUUGGCGGCAUAUUUGACGGAUAUUGAAAGUCGCCUGCUCUACGGUUAUCUUUUCAGCAUUUAUAUUUUUGGUGUCCAAUUGAUGGUGACAUUCCUCUGUAGUAUCUGCAUGUGGAAUCGACUCUGGAUGAGGCGUUGUACGCCAAAUAUACGUUUACUACUAACCAUCUGGCUAUUUUACUCCUGCGUUAUAAUAACAUCUGGUUUCGCCACCAUGUGGAAUCUUUACAGGAGCGUCGGUGUCCUUGAGAAUGCCGCAGAAACAUCUCUCACGCGGGGCAUUGAUAUGUACUAUACGUGUCCGGAGUGGAAAUUGGCGUGGGACAGCCUGCAGCUCCAUAAAGAGUGUUGUGGGGUGCAUAGCUAUAAGGAUUGGAUGUGUGCUGAGUGGAUGCCCAGACCGGAAAACAACUACAGUCAAAGCCAAGCGGUGCUAGCGCCUUUUGCCUGCUGCAAACGCAGCUGUGAGAAUUGUUUUGCAAGUCAGAUACCAGGACCGGGUUCGGUUGAUAGUUCGGAGGGGGGGCAUAGCCGACAACCGUUUCCCACGCUCACCGUGGAUUCAAUCAAUACAAACGGCUGCCUGCCUAUUUUCUCAUCUGCCUUGUGGAGGUUCCUUUACAUACUUCUGGCCCUAGCUGCUCUUUCACUGAAGUUUCUAAUCCUACUCUGCUGCUUCACCAAGUACAUAAUCCAACGGCAAAAUGUGGGCGAUGGUUGCGAUAAUGGCGGACUCACCGAUAACGAUGGUCGUCCACUCGUCAUUGUGAAAUAUCCAUGCAAUGUUCGAUGCAUUACCAUUGGAGAGGAAGAUCUCGCUUCUGAUAUGGCACCGGAUAUUAAUUAUUGCAAUUGCGAGCAAAGCCUUGAGGAUUCUUGUCAACAUUAUGAACCCUAAGUUAAUGAUGCGUUAUAUAUUUUUUAUUUAUUUCUUUGUUGUUUU